GGAUGUUGCCUUGGCUCUCCGGCCUCUCCUUCUUCUUUCAACACUACCCCCUUCUCUCUUCUCUUUUUCUCUGAAGAACCCGAACUUUUCGGUUGUUUCGUUCGUUCUUUGAAAGGGAAAGUUAGAGAGAGAAAAUGCCGAGUUAGUUCAUUGUUUCCAUUCACAACUGUAAUUUUUAUUUCUGCUUUUCAUUUAUUUUCGUUUCUGUAAAGUCCAAGGCUUAAGCAUUGAAGUUUCUGGAUUUCGGAAGUGAGAAGAGGAGAUUUGGUGUUUAGAAUUAUAAGACGUGAACUUCUUGCAUCUUCUCUGAAUCACCUGAGGGUUUCCGGUUUGUUGCUUGACCAUGGGAAACAAUGAAGAAGGGAAGUCUUCCAAGUCUGAUAAAUCAUCUUCACCUGCACCUCCGGAUCAGAGCAAUAUUCAUGUGUAUUCUGACUGGGCAGCUAUGCAGGCAUAUUAUGGCCCCAGAGUAGCAAUUCCACAAUAUUACAACUCUACCGUGUCAUCUGGACAUGCUCCUCACCCCUAUAUGUGGGGUCCACCACAGCCUAUGAUGUCACCUUAUGGAGCACCAUAUGCUGCAAUUUACUCUCCAGGAGGAGUUUAUGCACAUCCUGCAUUUCCUUUGGCAUCACAUCCACAUGGCCAUGGGGUAACAUCAUCUCCUGCUGCUGUAAUGCCAUUGAGGACAGAAACACCAACAAAAUCAUCAGGAAACUCAGAUCGAGGUUUAAUGAAGAAGCUGAAAGGAUUUGAUGGUCUUGCGAUGUCUAUAGGCAGUGUUAAUGCUGAAAGUGCUGAUGAUGGGGCUGAACAUAGGCUCUCACAGAGUGACACUGAAGGUUCAACUGAUGGGAAUGAGGGGAAUACUUCUGAGGAAGAUCAAGCCGGGAGGAAAAGAAGCCUGGAGGGAACACCUGUCGUUGGUGGAGAUGAAAAAACUGAGACCCAGCCAAAUCCUGUUUCUGGUGGGGAUGUGAAUGCGGCUCCUAGUAUGGUGUUGGGCGCAAGUGUUGCUGCUGCUGGUGUUCCUGUACUCUCUCCUGGCAUGACAACAGCUUUGGAGCUUAGAAACCCAACUAAGAUGAAUGGUAGAUCAAGUCCAACUAGUGUUCCACAACCAUGUGCAGUCUUUCCUGCUGAAGGCUGGUUGCAGAAUGAACGGGAUCUUAAACGAGAGAGGAGAAAACAGUCUAAUCGAGAAUCUGCUAGAAGGUCUAGGUUGAGGAAGCAGGCUGAGACUGAAGAACUGGCACGUAAAGUUGAUUCAUUGCAUGUUGAAAAUACAGCACUCAAAUCUGAAAUAAAUCAAUUAACUGAGAAAUCAGAGAAACUAAGGCUAGAAAAUGCAACAUUAAUGGAUAAACUGAAAAAUGCCUAUCCUCAAGAGAUUAUUUUGAACAUUGACAACAAGAGGGUCACACCCAUUAGUACUGAGAACCUGCUAUCUAGAGUUAACAAUUCAGAUUCUGCCGACAGAAACGUUGGGGAAGAGGGUCACCUGUUUGAGAAAAACUCAAGCUCUGGUGCAAAGCUACAUCAACUCCUGGAUACAAGUCCCAGGGCUGAUGCUGUGGCCGCUGGCUGACAACGGAAUUAGCUAAAUCACUAACAGUCAGCAGAUGCAGAGAUAAAUAGCUGAAUAGGAUUGGUGAGGGUGAGGGAGGUUAAUUAUAAGUUAUUAUUAUUGUUAUUUUUUUCUCCUCAUAGCAAACCUGAUGUGUUUUAGUAGAAUCAGAGUGCUAGUGCUUAUGGCCUUAAGGUUAAGGUAAAGGUAAAGGUAUUGUACAUUUAAGAGAAAAUAGAGAUUGACGAGUUUAGAAACUUAUGAGCUGUAUUUUGGUUUGAUGUGAAGCUAUUAACUACUACUUACUCA